CUGACUACGCGUAGCUGAGAUUUUAGGUCGGUGGGAUCCACCGGAAAGCAAGUGUACAAUUGUUUGGCACAGAAGUCUAGAUUUGAGAGAAAUCUGAAUCCUGAUCACCGGGCGCCGGAGUUCGUUCAUCUUGAAUUUAGGUUUCUUACCGAUAUCUCUGUCAUUCGAUUUCAUUUCGGCAAAAAAAAUUGGAUGAUUUUCCGUUACCGUCACUGGAAAUCUCGAAAUUGAGCCAAGGUAUGUACAAUUAGUUUCAUUCUGAAUUCAAUAAAUCUGGCGAACGUAGUGGGAUUGAGAGCAAGGUCGUCGUUAAAGCCAGACCUCACAAACGAAGACGACGAGGAUUUCCGGCCUUGGCGUCGCCGGCUAUUAUCGUCUGUGAAGAUGAACGUUUCGUUUUCGUUCACGUGGUCCUCCGCCGUCCGUGCCUCUAUCUUCCUUUUGCUUCUCGGUGUUUUUGCUUUUGCUUGUUUCUCUCUCCCUGUAGAAAAGAUUUUGAAGGACUUUUUGCUGUGGAUUAAGACAGAGUUGGGUCCUUUGGGUCCACUUGUUCUUGCUAUUGCUUAUAUCCCUCUAACGGUAUUUGCGGUUCCUGCCUCUGUGCUUACGCUUGGAGGGGGGUAUCUCUUUGGAUUGCCAGUGGGAUUUGUUGCUGAUUCAAUUGGUGCGACUCUUGGUGCAACAGCUGCUUUYCUUGUUGGCAAAACGAUAGGACGGUCUUAUGUCAUUUCUAAGUUAAGGAAAUAUCCCAAGUUCCAGGCCAUUGCUAUUGCAAUACAAAGAUCCGGCUUCAAGAUUGUUUUGUUGCUUCGCUUUGUUCCCUUGCUUCCAUUUAACGUCUUGAAUUACCUGUUGUCUGUUACCCCUGUUCGCUUGUGGGAGUAUAUGUUGGCCACUUGGCUAGGGAUGAUGCCAAUCACAUUUGUGUUUGUGUAUAUUGGGACAACUCUCAAGGACCUUUCUGACGUUACACAUGGAUGGCACGAGAUAUCGAGAACUCGUUGGAUAUUUAUAGCUGUUGGGCUCAUGGUAUCAGUGUUGAUGAUCGUUUACAUCAUUAGAGUUGCGAAAGCUUCUCUAGAAAAAGCAUUGGCCGAGAACGGCGCGAUAGACGGCAUAGAUUUAGAUUCCCCCGGGCUACCAAUUUUAGCCGAUUCAGCACUCGGUCUCCAUCAACCUCUGAUAUCCACAACUGCAGAUGAUCUUGUUUGAUUUCACUCCACUUUCGUAUAAACUCUUCCCCAUCUAGAAUAAGGUAAGCUAGGAAAAAUCUGCCAAAAAUAUAGAAAAAAGAAAAGAAAAGAAAAGAAAUACCCAUCCUACCUACCUUGUUAUUAUAAACAAGAAAUCGAUGGAGGGAUAUCUUGUUGAAUGUUGAUCGUAUCUGAAAAUGCUCCAUUUUCUCUAAGAUUCAUAGCUGACCUAUCUUUUUCUUUGGAUCGGCAAUCGGGAAACGGGUAUUUUAGAUACCGUUGAAGGCUAAUUACAAUUUACACGCGAUGAUGGUAUAGUAUGCWGGCAUGGUACAUUUGGUUUGUAAUUUAUGAACAUAAUUCAUGUUUAUGUAAUUUAUUUAUAUUUCAACAGGCUGCAUUUCAGUUCUGCGCAACAA